AUGCUGCGGAGCUACGUCUACCUACUGCGGACACCGGGAGUCCUCUGCGGCCCGCUGGGAGGCGCGUCCCCGCCGGCGGGGGACUCGUGGGCGCUGCCUGCCGAGAGGAACAGGAAGGGGACACCGGCGUUAGGCAGCCUCCGGGAUGUUGGACUCUGGUCUGCAGGUCGGGGAGGAUGGCUGCGGCUGAGACCGAGGUCAUAUUCAUCAGAGGUUGUUCAUGUGGACCAUUCUCUCCCCAACCCCAGCUGGAGCAAGGACAUGAGACUCAUUUUUGACCAGUUCAUGAAGAAGAGUGAAGAUAGCUCUUGGAAACGUUUGCCUUCAUAUAAAUUUACAUCUUCUAAAAGGCUUGAAGAGGUCAAAACCUUUUUUCCUGAUGCAAAGCCUGUGAAAGAAGAACCAUUGUCACAGGCUCGGCUCUUUCCCAGAAGCUUUGAGGAAGGUCUGGGGUUUGAAUAUGCGAUGUUCCAUAAUCAUGUUGAAAACAGGACAGUUUGUAUAUUGCAAGGAGGUCCUUACCUGCAAGGAAUACCUGGAUUCCUUCACGGAGGUGCCAUUGCAACCAUGAUUGAUUCUACUGUUGGUAUGUGUGCACUUAUAACUGGGGGAGCUGUCAUGACUGCCAAUCUCAACAUCAAUUUUAGGAGGCCUAUCCCCCUUUGUUCUGUUGUUGUGAUAAAUAGCCAGCUUGAUAAAAUUGAAGGAAGGAAACUGUUUGUUUCCUGUAAUGUCCAAAGUGUGGAUGAAAAGACCCUGUACUCUGAGGCAACAAGCUUAUUUGUAAAACUGGAUCCUAAAAAAAGUUCGCCAUAAAAGUUUCUGGUGCAUUCUGCACCAACCUGCACUGGACUCUCCUUCCCUCCAGAAGAAGCUGGUGUCUCUGGUCCUGCCCUGCUUACCUGCUUUUGAGGCCCCCCAGGGGGUGAAGCCUGCUAAUACUGAUCUCCCUGAACAAAUCUUCGGAAUACAACUCCAGGAGCUGUUCGCACCUUCUAAACUCUUUUAACACAGAAGGACUCUCUGUGACAGUAUCAGCAGUUCUUUGUGUGUCCUCAGAAUAAGUUUCUGGUUCUCCUAAAUUUGAAUGGGCUCCUUAAGGUUGCAUAAGCAUGGUGUCUGCCCCAUUGCAGACUGAAGAAAAUUCAUGUUGAAACUCUUACCACAAACUAGAAAAUGCCAGAAAACUGAAGGAAGGGGUGUGUGUGUG